AUGAAGGUCUUGUAUGUAAAAGGGCUGGGUAAAUAUUUACUCUUUGGAUUCAUUUGUUUUCAUCCUAGGCCUAGAGAGACCGGUUGGUGCCAUGUGGAAGACGAUUGUUUUGGUGGUCGUGUUCAUGUUCAGCCCUGGUGGCGGGAUCUUUCACUCCUUAUACAAAAAUGUUCGGGUUUCCAUACCACAUAAGGGAAACGUAGGAGAGCCAUUAUUUCUUACUCCCUAUAUUGAAGCUGGGAAACUUGAAGAAGCAAAAAAACAGAGUUUGGUUCCUCCUUUCCCUGGAUCGAAUGUGAAGAGUUACGCUGGCUACAUCACUGUCAAUAAGACCUACAACAGCAACAUUUUCUUCUGGUUCUUUCCAGCUCAGGUACAGCCCAUGGCUGCUCCAGUAGUUCUCUGGCUGCAGGGUGGGCCAGGAGGUUCAUCCAUGUUUGGACUUUUUGUGGAGCACGGACCUUAUAUUGUCACAAGUAACAUGACUGUGCGUCCUAGAGAGUUUUCUUGGAUCACCACAUUUUCCAUGCUUUACAUUGAUAAUCCAGUGGGCACAGGGUUCAGUUUUACUGACGACCCCCAGGGAUACACAGUCAAUGAGGAUGAUGUGGCACGGAAUUUAUACAGUGCACUAACUCACUUUUUCCUGUUGUUCCCUGAAUAUAAAAACAAUGACUUUUAUGCCACGGGGGAGUCUUACGCAGGGAAGUACGUGCCAGCCUUUGCACACUAUAUCCAUACAUUGAACCCCGUGAUGACAACGAAAAUCAACCUGAAAGGAGUUGCUAUUGGGGAUGCGUAUUCUGAUCCCGAAUCAAUCAUAGGGGGCUAUGCAACAUUCCUGUACCAAAUUGGCUUAUUGGAUGAGAAGCAGAGAAAGUACUUCCAGAAGCAGUGUGAUGACUGCGUGAAAUACAUCAGGGAGGAGAGGUGGUUUCAAGCCUUUGAAGUACUGGAUAAACUACUAGAUGGUGACUUAACAAACAGCCCUUCUUACUUCCAGAAUGUCACAGGAUGUCCUAGUUACUAUAACCUGUUACAGUGCAAGGAACCCGAGGACCAAAAUUACUAUGGGAAAUUUUUGUCCCUCCCACAAGUGAGACAAGCCAUCCACGUGGGAAACCGGACUUUUAGUGAUGGAUCCGAAGUUGAAAAGUACAUGCGAGAAGAUACAGUAAAGUCCGUUAAGCUAUGGUUAGCUGAAAUCAUGGAUAAUUACAAGGUACUGAUCUACAAUGGCCAACUGGACAUCAUUGUGGCAGCCUCCCUGACAGAGCGCUCUUUGAUGGCCAUGAAGUGGAAAGGAUCCCAGAAAUACAAGCAGGCAGAAAGAAAAGUCUGGAAGAUCUUUAAAUCCGAUAACGAAGUGGCCGGUUAUGUGCGGCAAGUGGAUGACUUCUGUCAGGUAAUUGUUCGAGGUGGAGGGCACAUUUUACCUUACGACCAGCCGCUGAGAUCUUUUGACAUGAUCAAUCGAUUUGUUUUCGAGAGAGGAUGGGAUCCUUAUUGAUGGAUAAGCUGCUGUCCUAAAAAAAAAAAAAGGUCAGAGGACUUAAUCUUUGAGAAGAAAACUUCCAAACCUGAAAAUGUCGUAUAAAUGAGAAAAGUACCUUUUUAUAGCUUUUUAUAGCUUUAAAAUGUUUCUCAUCAAUAAAAAUUAUCCUUGAAACAAGUAAGGUUCUGUUUU